AUGAAAUUGAAAGGUUUAGGGCAAUGGGAUGCUGAAGAAAUAGGGAAGCAGGAAGUGACGAAUGAUGAGGCUGAGUUCUUGCCGAGUGGAUUGGCCGGUCUGCACAGCGACACGUAUGGUAUGGGUUUUUCUUCCCACCAUCCUGUGUUGGUGUAG